AAUAUAAACUCAAUUCAUCCUAUAAAUAGUGUCACCAAAAAAAGGAAGGUAUCUAUCUCUACACCUCAAGACUAAACAACAGAAUUACCUACUUGAUCUAGAUAUGACUGAAAAUAAGGCUGUUAUUAAAAAUGCUGAUAUGACAGAGGAUAUGCAACAGGAUGCUGUCGACUGUUGUACACAAGCCAUGGAGAAAUACAAUAUUGAAAAAGAUAUUGCAGCUUAUGUGAAAAAAGAAUUCGACAAGAAGUACAAUCCUACAUGGCAUUGUAUUGUUGGUAGAAAUUUUGGAAGCUAUGUGACGCAUGAAACCAAACACUUCAUCUACUUGUAUCUGGGACAGUUAGCAUUCCUACUGUUCAAGUCUGGUUAGACAGAUAGAUAUAUAGAUAGAUGGAUGUUAGUCAACAGACAGGAUAUAUGAACAAACCAAUGGACAUCGUUUCACACACAGACACACACACACACACAAACACCACGUAUCAAAAUUUUCAGACACCAAAAUCACUCAACUUAUCAGUUACUUCUUCCUCUUCUUCGCUCAACAGUUUUCAUUUUUGUAUCCAACUUUUGUCUUUGUAACUUUAUUUUGGUUAAAAUUUGAAAAUAAAUUUUUUGAUAAAUAAUAAACAUUGGGAGAAACAAGAGGAUCACCCAGAGAGAGGGAGAGAGACUGUAACAACACUGGGACGAGUUUGCUUCUUUCUUUUUUCUAAAUGGUUAUGUGUAUGCACUCAUGAAUUGGCCUGGAUUUAUUUUUGUAUAUGUGUGUCUGACUCUUAAUAUCCCUGCUACUUGUUCUGGACAUUGAAAUCUGACGAACUUCUAACUUUAGAUACUUUUUGUGGGUGUUUUGCCUCCUUCUGAUAAGAAAAAACAAAACAACUACUGCAAAAGUAGAUAAUAAAAAAUUAUUUACAGAUUUAAAUAAAAAAGAUAUAUAUGA